GACAAUGCCGAGCGUUCUACCUCCAACAACUCUAGGCCCAGCCUGCUCAGAGGACUCUCCCGCAGCGUCACUAAGGGCGCUGCUGGCCUAUGUGGGGAAGGGACAUGUAGAUAGCAGCUCCAGAGGCACUCGCCGCUGCUAGGACUAUGGAUGAUGCUGCUGUCCUUAAGAGAAGAGGCUACAUCAUGGGAAUAAAUUUGGGAGAGGGCUCCUAUGCAAAAGUGAAAUCUGCUUACUCGGAGCGCCUGAAGUUCAAUGUGGCGGUCAAGAUCAUCGACCGCAGGAAAGCCCCCACGGACUUCCUAGAGAAGUUCCUGCCCCGGGAGAUCGAGAUCCUGGCAAUGCUGAACCACCGCUCCAUCGUCAAGACCUACGAGAUCUUCGAGACGUCCGACGGCAAGGUCUACAUCGUCAUGGAGCUCGGGGUCCAAGGAGACCUGCUGGAGUUCAUCAAGACCCGGGGAGCCCUGCACGAAGACGACGCCCGGAAGAAGUUCCAGCAGCUGUCCUCGGCCGUCAAGUACUGCCACGACCUGGACGUCGUCCACCGAGACCUCAAGUGCGAGAACCUCCUCCUCGACAAAGACUUCAACAUCAAGCUGUCCGACUUCGGGUUCUCCAAACGCUGCCUCCGGGACGACAACGGGCGGAUCAUGCUCAGCAAGACCUUCUGCGGGUCGGCGGCCUACGCGGCCCCCGAGGUGCUCCAGGGCAUCCCCUACCAGCCCAAGGUGUACGACAUCUGGAGCCUGGGCGUGAUUCUCUACAUCAUGGUGUGCGGCUCCAUGCCCUACGACGACUCCAACAUCAAGAAGAUGCUGCGCAUCCAGAAGGAGCACCGCGUCAACUUCCCGCGCUCCAAGCACCUGACGGGCGAGUGCAAGGACCUCAUCUACCGCAUGCUGCAGCCCGACGUCAACCGGCGGCUGCACAUCGACGAGAUCCUCAGCCACUGUUGGGUGCAGCAGCUCAAGCCCAAGUCUCAGACCAUGACUAGCACCACGGCCACCAAGGAUGGGGAGAGCUCCCGGAACACGGGCCAGGAUCUGCUCAGGGUCCCAGAGGCCAUCACGGACAAGAAGUCCACAGCCAGGCUGGAGCCAAAGGAGGAUCCCAAGUUGGACACGGUCUUGGAGAAGGAAGAGGCAGUGCAGGUGACCAGGCAGUCGGAGACACUGGGCUUCACUGCGGAAGUGCAGCACCAAUCCCCUCAAACCGAGCAAGGGAACGCCUCCUCGCCGCCCCCAGAAUCCGUGCACAGCUAAGGAGGCUGGAAGUGCCCCUGGGAGAGAAAUGGAGCCUGAGGUUCAGUUCGGAGCUUGGAUGGGAGAGGUCAGGAGCGUGCAGGAGAAAGUAAACACGGUCCACUAUAAGCUGCUAUUUUCAUUAAUUCCUCCUCCCUUCCUUCAAACAUAGUAACCACAUGGCUAAAGAAUAAACCAAUAAAUCACAGACUAUAUUAGAACCCAAA